AUGGAACUCCUCGAGCUUGUCGAGUACGAGCCUACGACUCGUCCCUUUCAGUGCGACUGGGAUGCCUGCAACAAGAGCUUCAACCGCAAGUCAGAUCUCCAGAGACAUUACAGGAUACACACCAACGAGCGGCCCUACACCUGCACGACACCGGGCUGCGGCAAGAGCUUCAUCCAGCGCAGCGCCCUGACUGUCCACAUCCGAACACACACGGGCGAGAAGCCUCAUCAGUGCCAGCACAUUGGGUGCGGAAAGCGCUUCUCCGACUCUUCUAGUCUCGCUCGCCACCGCCGCAUUCACACCGGCAAGCGCCCCUACAAGUGCGCCCACGAUGGCUGCUUGAAGAGCUUCUGCCGCAAGACCACCAUGGUCAAGCACCAGCGGAGAUCGCACCAACGUGGCCUCCUCUCCAACGACAUGCUGGACGACUGCUCCUCCGACUCGGACAGCGGCGAGUCGCCCCCUACCCCCACCCAGUCGACCAUGUCCUGGCCCGCCCCCGGCCACCUGGCACCGCACCCGGCCAUGUCCCACGGCCACGCCAUGCACCGCGCCUCUUCCUUCCCCGACUUCCAGAUGAGCAGCUACCAGCAGAUGGCCCAGCGAGAGGCCCAAGAGUACCACCCCGGCCAGGGACAGCAGCACGGCAUGCAGCAGAUGAUGCAGCGGUCUCCCGGCAUGCAGCAGCACUUCUAUGUCAUUGAGCAAACCAACCCGGGCAUCGCCACCAUGAACACGGCCGCCGUGCAGCAGCCCUACCACGUCCCUCGCCAGCACGUCGCCCGGGCCUCGAUGGAGAUGCCCUACUCGGCCAGCAGCAUCGCCUCGCUCAGCAGCAGCCCGGGGAGCUUCUCUCCCUCGUCGGGACACAGCCCUACCAUCCCAGAGGGCAUGUACACGCACCAGGCACCCCAGCCCGGCGCCUACGCCCUGCCCGAGACGUCGCCCGUCGAGGCUUCACAUCCCAUGGUGCCCUACACCCAGGCCAUGGGCCAGCCCCAGCAGCCAUCGCACCCCGAGCCCGAGGCCUGGUACCAGUACCAGGCGCCCGUCGAGGUUGCCACCAUCGGCCAGCUGCCUCCCUUUGGAUCCGGCGUCUACGAUCUCUACGGCGGGCCCAAGAUCGAGUUUGACGACCCGACGAUGCAGCUGCCCAGCAGCAGGAUCGAAACCAUGUAG